AUGGCUGUCCUUUCCCAAUACGACUACGUGUUCGCCAUCGGCACUUUCUUUGCCAUGCUCGACAUCUGGAACAACGGUGCCAACGAUGUCGCCAACGCCUGGGCUACCAGUGUGUCCUCCCGUUCCAUCUCCUACCGAUGGGCCAUGGUCCUCGGUACGAUCUUUGAGAUGCUCGGAGCCAUCACCGUCGGAGCCCGUACCGCCGACACCAUCAAGAACGGUAUCAUCCCUAACUCUGUCUUCCGCAACAACGCUGGUGUCCAGAUGCUCGCCUUCACUUGCGCUCUCGGUGCCGCCGCCUCAUGGGUCAUGUGGUGUACCCGCCACUCCGCUCACGUCUCUUCCACCUACUCUCUGAUCUCCGCCGUCGCUGGUGUCGGUGUUGCCGUCGGCGGUGCCUCCCAGGUCUCUUGGGGAUGGAACGGUGGUAAGGGUAUGGGUGCCAUCUUCGCCGGUCUCGGUAUGGCUCCUCUCAUCGCUGGUUGCUUCGGUGCCAUCAUCUUCGGCCUGAUCAAGUACGUCGUCCACAAGCGCUCCAACCCUGCGCGCUGGGCUGUUAUGACCUCGCCCUUCUUCUUCCUCAUCGCCGGUACCAUUUGCACCCUCUCCAUUGUGUACAAGGGUUCCCCCGACCUCAAGCUCAACGCUAAGGAGCCUUGGUUCAUCGCCGCCGUUGUUGUCGGUACCGGUUGCGGUCUCGGUCUUCUCUCCGCUCUCUUCUUCGUCCCUUACCUCUACUGCAAGAUCAUCCGCCGCGAGAACCUCCCCUGGUACAUGUUCAUCAUGGGCCCGGCUCUCUUCUUCCGCCCUGCUCCUGCUUCCGCCGACAAGGUCGUCGUUCCCAACUACGCCGUUGUCCAGCACGACGACGAGGAUGAGCACGGAUCUGCCGAGACCGCUGUUGCCAGCGGCAGCGACAUCUCUACCCACGAGAAGGACAUGGUUAUCACUGAGGUCAACACCGCUCAGGCCAACAAGACCCACGCCGAGCACCGCGCUGAGGCCGACGCCCGUCUUCACGCUAAGCUCCGCAAGAAGCGCGGUCCUCUCGGCUGGGCUAUGCGCACUCUCCACGAGAACCAGAUGGGUCCUGGUAACGUCUACGAGCUCCACAACAUCAAGAUCAUCAUGAAGCGUAUCCCUGCUUACAUCGUCUGCGGUGCCCUCUACGGUCUCAACUACGACAUCCACGCCGCUCAGACUGGUAUUGCCGGUACUCCCGACGGUGACCGUAUGGUCCGCGUCUACGCCGGUGCCACCAAGUACGACAAUGAGACUGAGUACUCCUACUCCUUCGUCCAGGUCAUCACUGCCUGCACUGCCUCCUUCGCUCACGGUGCCAACGACAUUGGUAACGCCGCUGGUCCCUGGGCUGCCAUCUACGGUGCCUGGCAAACCGGUAACGCUGCUCAGACCAAGGCCUCCGUCCCGAUCUGGCAGCUCGCUGUCCUCUCCGCUGUCCUCUCUCUCGGUCUCAUCACCUAUGGUUACAACAUCAUGCGCGUCAUGGGUAACAAGAUCACCUACCACUCGCCUUCCCGUGGAUGUUCCAUGGAGAUGGGUGCCGCCAUCACCGUCCUCGUCUUCUCUCAAUUCGCUCUCCCCGUCUCCACCUCCAUGUGCAUCACUGGCGCUACCGUCGGCGUUGGUCUCAUGAACGGAAAACUUUCGGCUGUCAACUGGCAACGGGUCACGCUCCUUGUCAUCUCCUGGAUCUUUACUAUCCCCGUCGCUGGUACCAUCGGUGGUGUCGCUAUGGGUCUUUUCCUGAACGCCCCGUCGUUCUACCGCAACCCAUAG